UACUUGUCAAUCUCUUUCGAGGAUGUCAAAGACAGCUUCGGACCCGGUCGUGUACUUGAUGAGGUCAAACUGCUCGCUGUACACGGGCCGGUCCCCUUUGUACUUGAUUCCUGAAGCAUCGACCCAUGCACGUUCUUGGUCAAGGUGAAUGCGCUCAAACGCGACGGCAGUAUUCGGGCAACCGGUUCAAGCGCAAAACCCUCGAAGUCGUUGCGGCCCUCGCAUCUCAGGACUUGCUCCACUUGUCCGUCGGGCAUCCCCAUUAAACCAGACCUACUCGGUCACUCGUAAGAUCAGAAAUCAAGACAAGGGGCUCGCACAACGGAAAGAGAGAGCUAACGCACCAGCGGACGUACCGCCACACACACCGCCUCCAGGCGCUCCUGCGGGUGAAUCUCCAAGAUCUCCAGCGGAAGAACCUCCGAGCGUUCCAGCGGACGUUUCGCCAGCCGUCACGCCAUUCGAUCCGCCGACUUCAUAUGGUGUUCCGCUGAAUACUCCGCUGCUCCCAAGUUCUGGGAUGUACUCGGCGGCUCCCAGUCCGAGGCUUGCAAACUCGCUGCUGUCCUUACUGAUCAGCUGUCCGGCCCUCGACCUGCAAUGACGAGUUUUCAUCGUGGUUGUCCAACGCGAGAUUGAGCGGCUCCAGAUGCGCGGCAACGACACCGCGACUACGAAGAAGAUGCAGCUGCUGCUGCAACUCCGCUUGAAACUGUGCGCUAUGCAACAGGAGCAAGUAGGCUCGAGCUCGGUUGACUGUGAGCGCGUGUAGUUGGCAUAGUGUGAGGUGAUCGACUAAUCAGGUUAAUUAGGUGAAAGUAUCGAAUACUUUUCAGACUUUUGACACAGCACAGCUACUCUUUUGAUACACACAAGACUACGACGUGUUCAACGCUGCUCAACUGGGCUAGGAUGUGACGUUCAUCGGCAACAAUGGUAGCAUGAAGAACGGCAGCACGUUCAUAUCAACCUAGCGCUAACACAAU